AAGCCGCUCAUCGCAAGCUAUCGCGCUUAGAUUGAACUUCGCAGCGAGAUCGCACUCGGUGAUCGCAUUGUGAUAACGUUUCUUCGAAGCGCAUACAAAGUGCCUAAUCGGCUGCGUAAUUGUUCGAUCGCGUGUGAAACAAAUACGUUAUCGAGUUCGACCACGUUACAGUGCAUUUUAAACCCAUUAUUCAAACCUCUACAUCUCUCUUGCCCGGCACAGAACGAUCAACCAUGAAACUGUUCAUCGUCGUUGCCCUGGCCCUGGUGGCCGCUGUCGCCGCCCAGGACAAGUACACCAGCAAGUACGAUAACAUCAAUGUGGACGAGAUCCUGAAGUCGGAUCGGUUGUUCGGCAACUACUACAAGUGUCUGCUGGAUCAGGGCCGCUGCACCCCGGACGGUAACGAGCUGAAGCGCAUCCUGCCCGACGCCCUCCAGACGAACUGUGAAAAGUGCAGCGAGAAGCAGCGCGACGGUGCGAUCAAGGUGAUCAACUACCUGAUCCAGAACCGCAAGGACCAGUGGGAUGUGCUGCAGAAGAAGUUCGAUCCGGAGAACAAGUACCUGGAGAAGUACCGCGGCCAGGCCCAGAAGGAGGGCAUCAAGCUGGACUAAGGUGGAAACCCGGAAUAACGGCGGCU